UCAGAGGGCGACUGGGAGCUCCGCCGCCCAGUGGCAUCCCCGCUCAGUUCUGGAAACCACAGAAGGCUACCCGCCCGAUUUCCUAGAGCGGUCCGGAAAUGUCUGUGGGUCCUUCCGGGGACCGGCUCCACUUCCGGCUGUCUUCUACGCUGCGGACUCCUUGCUCCAGGCAGCUGGUUGAGACCUUCCCUUUGGACUGAUCAAGGAGGAGGAGGCAAGGAUGUCUGCCUCCGGGGCUGCAGCUCCAUACUUGCACCAUACGGUUGACAAUCAUAGUGGCCAGGUCAGUUUUCUGGGAGCCCAGCUCCCUCCAGAAGUGGUAGCAGUGGCUCAGCUUAUGGGGGACCUGGACAGAAGUACCUUCAGGAAGUUGCUGAAGCUUGUAGUUGGGGGAUUGCAAGGGGAAGACUGCAGAGAAGCUGUUCAGCACCUUGGUGUCAGUGCCAACCUGUCAGAGGAGUGUCUGUGUACCCUGCUGGCAGGCACACACACACUACUCCACCAGGCCCUCCGGCUGCCCCCUGCCAGCCUGAAGCCAGAUGCCUUCCAGGACCAGCUCCAAGAGCUCGGCAUUCCCCAAGACCUGGUUGGAGAUUUGGUCAGUGUGGCAUUUGGGAGCCAGCGUCCAUUGCUUGACUCUGUGGCCCUACAACAGGAGGCCUGGCUCCCCCACAUGGCUGACUUCCGGUGGCGAGUAGAUGUGGCCAUCUCCACCAGUGCCCAGGCCCGCUCCUUGCAGCCAAGUGUCCUCAUGCAGCUAAAGCUCUCAGAUGGAUCUGCACACCGCUUCGAGGUACCCAUGGCCAAAUUCCAGGAGCUGAGGUACUGUGUGGCCUUGGUCCUGAAGGGGAUGGCAGAGCUGGAGAAGAAGUGUGACCUCAAACUGCAGGACUGAACCCUACAUUGUGGGUGCUGAAGCUGGUACUAGAGCACAGCCUCACUGAUUAUGAGGUUAACUUGAGUGAGGGCCUGCAUGUAAGGAUGUAUUUUUAAGUGAAAAGAUAGCUGUGCCCUUAAAAAAAUUUUUUUUUCAAGUAAAGGAACAGCUGGGUGUGGUGGCACAUGCUUGUAAUCCUGGCACUUGGAAGGUGGAGACUGGUGUUUGAGGCCAGUCUGAGAAAUACAGGGAGACCCUGUUUCACCAUCAGAAGAAGUAAAGCAACUAUUAAAAAGA